CUUCCUUCAGCAUUGCCUGCUGUAAUUUACAAGGGACAAGUACAAGGCUGGUCCUGUCCUUCCCCUAAAAGCCUCUGGAACCAUCCUUUCUCCAUCAAGCUGCUGGUAUGGCAGUAGCCUAACAUUGUUUCCGGCCACGUGACUUUCAGCUUACAUCCCUGAGGUUCUGCGAAACCACGGAAGGCUGAGAGCUAAAGACCUAAAGGGAGGUACAGAGGCUGUGAGAGGAGAGGCAGCGAAAGUGUCGGAGUGCUGGGCAGGAGGACAGAGAGCUUCUGGCACGGGGGAGAGUAGGAAGCCAAGGGCCACAUCAGAGGUGACACAGGAGGACAGAGAGGCGGAGAAGCAAGACAGAGAGCAGGCACACCAAGAGCACAAAGGAAGCUGAAGAGACCCUGGGAGCCAGCAGCAGCAGCUAUGCCCCACAGCUCUGACAGCAGUGAUUCCAGCAGCUUCAGCCAGUCUCCCCCUCCCAGCAAGCAGGACUCUUCUGAUGACAUGAGGAAAGUCCAAAGGAGGGAGAAGAAUCGCAUUGCUGCCCAGAAGAGCCGCCUGAGGCAGACCCAGAAAGCAGACACACUGCACUUGGAGAGUGAAGACUUAGAGAGACAGAAUGCUGCCCUGCGCAGGGAGAUCAAGCAGCUGACAGAGGAAAUGAAGCACUUCACCUCGAUGCUGAGCUCCCAUGAACCGUUCUGCUCCAUCCUGACAUCCCCUCCACCGCCUCCAGAAGUGCUUUAUGCCACACACUCUUUUCACCAGCCCCACAUCAGCUCCCCACGCUUCCAGCACUGAGCCAGCCAGGAGGACAGCAGCCUGCCAGCUCCACUGAUGGCAAGAAGUAACUUUGUGGGGCUUGCUUUCCCAUCCAAGGGAAGGAAUUGGACAGACAGACCUUCCUUCUUAAAGUAUGUAUUCUGAGGGAUUUGCCUAAGACUUGCUCCCUGUGCAGAAAUGACAGAGCCACCACGAGGCAUCUUUGGACAGUCUCCAGCUUGGAUUCUGGGAGGAAGAGGCAGUCACAAAAGGGCACCAUCCCCCUUCUCUGGUCCUUGUCUGGGGAGACUCACAGGAGUGUGCAGCUCUGGCAGCCUCCAUAAGAGCAGCUGGCUGUGGCACACAACAGCCAGACCUCCAGGAAGAGGAAAGGGAGCAGGGGUGGAGGGGAAGGUGGCGGGCCACAGAGUGUC